GGUCCGUUCGAAGAGCAGCGACCGCUGUCUUGAUGCUUACCAGGGCUGGAACGGCGGUAUCGUUCACGUAUACCGCUGCAUGGACAGUGAAACCAACCAGAAGUGGAUGUAUGAUAGCGCUUCGGGUCAGCUGAAGCACGUGAAGCACCAGGGCCUCUGUCUCGAUCAAGACGCUGGGCAGGGCAACAAACUUCAUCUUUACGGAUGCUCGCCCAACAACCCGAACCAGCAAUGGGGUAUCAUGGAUCCCAACGACAUCACGGACGGCUGGACGUUCUCGGAUGGCUCUGUGCGCUUCUAUACGAUGGAGUCCUCGAAACCUUUCGCUCAGCUCGUCCGCAACGGUGAUAACGUCGCCAUCGCCUUUGGCGGUAAUAACGUCGCCGGGUCGCAAUGGUACUAUGACGCUAGCACCCACCUUGUUAAGGCAAAGGUCAGCAACAUGUGCCUUGACGCUUACCAGCCUUGGGACGGCGGUAUCGUUCAUGUGUACGCCUGCAACGUGAACGAGGCCAACCAGCACUGGAAUCUGGAUUCUACCACGAACCAGUUGAAGCAUCUGAAACAUAACGGCUUCUGUCUAGACGCUGAUCUGUCUGCUAACAACGGUGCGGGUAAGCUACAGCUCUGGGGCUGUCACUUGAACAACAACAACCAGGUGUGGCGUAUGAUCCCUGCGACUGCUGUUGCUGCCACCGUGCACGGCUCCAGCGUAAUCAAUGCGUAUUUGCAGCCAGCGCCCCAGGACAAGAUCGUGGGUGCCGUGUCGACGGGCAAAUGGGAGCAGCACUGGUUCUGGGACGCCAACUCGAACCACCUGAUCUCCAAGAUCAACGGACAGUGCUUGGACGCUUACGAGGCCUGGAAUGGUGGCCGAGUGCACACGUACGCGUGCAUCGCUACCGAGGGCAACCAAAAGUGGAGCUAUGAUGCCACCAACCAGAUGAUCAAGCACGUCAAGCACGCAGGAUUCUGUCUGGCAUUCGACAAUGCUAGCAAUAAGCUGAUGAAGCUGAAGAGCUGCAACACCGGUGACAACACUCAACGCAUUAUCAUCGAGGCCGCCUGAGGCGAGUUGUGAGGAUCGCAUCUCAAGCGAACAUAAUGUCAAAUAGUCCAGUUGUGGGGCAAAGGAGCAUGUUGAAGUGAAUCGCACCUAAGUGAGUUUAUGUUGAAGUGAGUGAUCGGACUUAAGUGCAUUUAGAAACGAUCUAUUCCC